UGUAAAGUUUGUUUGGUUAAGUGUAUAUGCAAGUUAGUUUGUGUGCAUUGAAAUAAUAUAGAGGGACGCAAACAACUUUUUAGAAAUUUCAUUCCACAAUUUGAAUAACAUUUUUCAGAAAUGGAAGUUGAUAAAGUUAACAUGAGCUUAGAUGACAUCAUCAAGCUGAACAGAAAAGAGCAAAGGUCUUCUAGGGGUCGUGGCAGAGGACGGGGAGCAAGGGGCCAGGGUUUAGGUCAGCCAUCAUCAAACAGAGGUCAAGGUGGCGUGGCUAGACGCGGUUUCCGUGGCAAUCAAUUCAGGCGAGGUCAGGGUGCUGGUAGGGGCAGGGGAGCACUGAGGGGCGCAGCAGUGACCAGGGGGCGGGGACCAAACAGAUACAAACAGCAGCAACAGCAGGGGGGACUGCCAUAUAAACAACAGCAACAGCAGCUUGGAGGCAGUCCUAUCAACAGACUUAAGAACCAGCAACAAGCAGCAAAAUCACAAACUAGAGGCAGAGGUCGUGGUCUCGGCACUAGAUCACCAAGGGGUGGGUUCAGGGUCAGAGGUCGAGGCAUCAGAGGUCAAGGCAUCAGAGGUCAAGGUCUGGGUUUGAGGGGUCAAGGAGGCCUCAGGGGCAGCGGGGCCAGGGGUCGUGGUUUCGGCCGAGGGGGAGCCCUAAGGGGGGGUCAGUUGGGGUUCACGAGUCUCAAUCGACGACGUCAACUUGCGUUGGACUCGCUCAUGAAGGCCAAGCAGACUCUGGCUCUGAUCGAGUCCACGCAGCAGCAGAAACAGAGCAGAUCACUGCUGGUGAACCAAAGACGCGGCCUCCAGUCAUCCACUCUUAGUCUGAACAGUCUGAACAGUAACGCAUCAGUAGUCAGUAGGGGUCGUGGUCGGGGUCGAGGUCUUAGUUCAAACAGAUUUGGCAGUACCGUAACAUUGACCUCACCAGGGUCAGGGAGGAGAGGCAGAGGUCGUGGUCAAGGGGCGGUUGUAGUCGGGCGUGUUAUCACCAACAGUUCAUUUACUGGUGCAAACAACAGUCCACGGGGAGGUCAGCGACGAAGAUGGAGAUCUCCAAAGAACUCGGUCUCUGCUCCAGCUCAACUGCUCACAAUGACCGUGGCCAAUUCACCACAACCACAACAGAGGACCAAGCUGCCCAGAUAUGAUCUCGAUGACUCAGACCCCUCCCUUCAGGAACAAAUCAGGAGUUUAAAGCCAGCCACAUCCACAAAGUAUAUCUUCAAAAAGUCCAUGUUUUCUCAGGCAACUUCCACAUCACUUAGUGAGAGAUUUUCAGCUACUACAAGCAAUCCCCCAUCAUCAAACAUCGAUGCCAAGGGAAGGAAAGUGUUCAUUUAGCCAAUCAGCAAGUCAUGACAAAGGACACUUUAGACUUCAUCUCCUUCUAUAUAUAUAUAUAUAUAUAUAUAUAUAUAUUAUAAGUUGGAUGUCACUGGGCAGUGUAUUGGUCCGCGUGUGUUUUAUUUUUUUAACAUUAGGUGACCAUAGUUUGUUUGAAAGUUUUAGGUUUGGGAUUAAGUAAAACUGGUAAUAGAUUGUUGGGAUGUAGUGAGUAGCCGGUGUUUCAAAUUUAUAUGGGAUCUAAUUGAUGGAUAUGGAAAUUUAAUGAUAGGUAUGGAAACUAAAUUGUAGAUAGUGAAAUUAAAUUAUGGAUAUAUGAUAGAUAUUGAAAAUAAAUUAUGGACAUAGAAACUAAAUGAUGGAUAUUGAAACUAAAUGAUAGAUAUAGGCACUAAAUGAUAGAUAUUGAAAGUAAAGGAUGGAUAUAGAAACUUUAUGAUGGAUAUGGAAACUAAAUGAUAGAUGUAGGCACUAAAUGAUAGAUAUUGAAAGGAAAGGAUGGAUAUAGAAACUUUAUGAUGGAUAUGGAAACUAAAUGAUAGAUGUAGGCACUAAAUGAUGGGUAUUGAAAGGAUAGGAUAAAUACAUAAACUAAAUGAUAGCUAUGGAAACAAAAUGAUGGAUGUGGAACUAAAGGAUGGAAACAGAAACUAAAUGAUUUGUAGUGAGUUGGAAUUGUGAGGUUUGAAGUUAUAGAGAUAAAGUGUCAGUUAAAUGCCAAAAGAAUGAAAGGCAUUCCAUUCAUGUUAAAGGAAAAUAAUCAACUUUUAAAAAGGACAAGUCAUAAGGAAAAAAGAAUUAUUCAAGACAACAACAUUUUCUUUAUGUUCACCAUUAUGUGUUUGUUUUACCAAGUGUAGGUGUUUACAGUACAGUAACAUUUAUUGAGAAUUUUCCGAAUUGAUUUAGAAAGAAAUUUACAUUUUGAAGAAAUUUUGCAAUUUAUGCAAUUUUAGGUGUUCUGCUGAACAGAACAUACCGGUACUUCUGUAGUAUUUUAUGUUUUAACCUAAAAUCACAAUCAAUUUUAGUUGUAUUAUCUUUUAUUUUAUAUUUUGUGUUGUUCAGAUUUGCAUAAUUGUAUACUAUGUCUUACUUAAAUUCGGUGGCUGAUUGAACUAAGUAUGUUUUUUCUUGCUGUGUUAACAAAUAUGUACAAUAUAAUGUACAAUGUACAACAGUUGAUAUAUUUCCACACACUUUUCUAUUCUAAUUUCUCCUUUACAAGAAUGUGUGUCCCAGUGUUUGUGUUACAAUUUUUCUUUGAAGUUUGACCAAAGAAAAUAUGAUUUAUACAAAUUAAAAAAAAUCACUAUUUAAAAGAUUUUUCCAUCAUAUAAAAGUGUUUGUUAAAUUGGUUAAAACGUGUUGAUGUACAAUUAAAAAACAUUACUUUAUCUUAUGGUCCUUUUCAAUAAUACAUUUCCAUGUUUGUGAUGAAAUAUCAUUACAUUAGAUAAAUGUGAGUUAUAUUACAUUUUCUGCUCAAUCUUCUGAAUUGAAACAAGUAAUGUUUUUUAACUUUUGUUCAGAAUAAAGUUGGUAUGAAUAUUGAAAUGUUCAGGCUUUAUACUUUGUCUUACAGUUUAAUUAAUUUAUAUUUACAAUGAGUCUAUCAUUAAAUGAUCAUUUACACAGAGUUUUAUGUUAGUUGGUUCUACUGACAAACAUAAUCCCAUUUUAAUUUUGAGUCAUGAACCAAAUGCAUUUGACAUAAACCACUUCCUGUAUAUAACUUUGCCAUUUUCAUAGCCAUGAUACAUGUAUCAUAUCAGUUCAUUCAAAUAAUUGUGAAAGAAAAAAAAUCAGUACAUUAUUUUCACUUUUUAAGAUUUUGUAUAAUAUUGUCAUCCAUAUUGAGGCUUAACACAUUAUUGUCAUUAAAGUGAUGUAUUCUUUGCACGUCCAUUUUGAUAUGGUAGAUGUUCCUUCGUUUAAUAUCAUGCUUUUUUUCUGUAUUCAAUAAAAGAGUAGCCAUGAGGAAAAUUUUCUAAAGAUUUACUUAUUUUAAUUUCAUGGUGAAUAUUUGAAACAUGGUUACUAUAAGUAAAGCAAAUAGCCUUUUUAGAGACAUUUCAUGUAUUGUGUCAUAAACAUGAGCUUAAAAUGUCUUCACAAAAUGUAAUACAUUUUUAGUAUGGUUUAAGCUGUUUUUUUCCAUAAGACAUAUGUUGACUGAUUAGGGCCUGUUAGGCGACUUUCUCAGAGGUUUCUGACAUGCUAAAAAGUUUUUCAGCAAUGUAAAUGGCAUUAUUUAUGGUGUUUUAUUAUGUUCAAAGUAAGUUGUCAAAAUUUUGCCUGUUUUUCACUUAUAAAAAAUGGUCUGAAAUCCACUAUUUAUCAUGUGACACAAUGGCAUAAUUUAUUUGAAGAUUUAAAUUUUAAGGUAGAUUACCAGAAUAAGCAUGUACAAUUGUAUCAAUGGUAUAUUUGUUAGAAAAUAAGUUUAUUUUAUUUCCAAUUUUACCAUUCAGCAGUUGCGUAUUUUUUUAACUGCUUGAUAAAGCAUGUGUUUAUUUAUUUUAACUAUAAAAAAGUUGUUGAUCUUACAAAAUCAGUAAGAUAAUGCGAAUCUUGAAAGAUUUACAAAUAGUUAGCCUGAGAUGCCAUUUGCGUAUAUACAGACCGACUGGGGUCAAUUAACACAACAUUAAUGUUGCCUGUCUCAUUUGUGCAGCCAUUUAUUGCAUCAUGCCUUAAAUGUUUGCGGGACUGUCCACUUUCAAAUAUACAAAAUGUCACUAUAGGCACUUGUACAACACCACUGCAUUGCAUGAUAUAACUGUAGAAUCGCUUUUGCAGCAUGCACUGGGUUAAAUUUGUAGAAGUAUAACCAUAGUUUGUGUUCAAAUCAUUAUAUAAGAUGUGAUCACUUUAUGAAAAUUAAACAUUUGGAUUAAAAUUUAAAUAAUUAAAAUAUGGGUAUAUGAAAUAAACUUUGUGAUAAAUUGUCUAA